GUCUGCAUGGACGCCAAACACCACAAGACAAAGCCAGGCCCUGAGGACAAGCUGCAUGGCCAGUGCACUCCCUGGAGGAAGAAUGCCUGCUGCUCUGUCAGCACCAGCCAGGAGCUGCACAGGACACCUCCCCCCUGAAUAACUUCAACUGGGACCACUGUGGCAAGAUGGAGCCCGCCUGCAAGCGCCACUUCAUCCAGGACACCUGCCUGUAUGAGUGCUCCCCCAACCUGGGGCCCUGGAUCCAGCAGGUGAACGACAGCUGGCGCAGAGAGCGUUUCCGGAACGUGCCCCUGUGCAAAGAGGACUGUGAGAGCUGGUGGGAAGACUGCCGCACCUCCUACACCUGCAAGAAUAACUGGCACAAGGGCUGGAACUGGACCUCAGGAUCUAACAAGUGUCCAGUUGAGGCCGUCUGUCGCCCAUUCGAGUCCUACUUCCCCACUCCUGUGGCCCUGUGUGAGGGCCUCUGGAGUCACUCCUACCAGGUCAGCCAGUACAGCCGAGGGAGUGGCCGCUGCAUCCAGAUGUGGUUUGAGCCAGCCCAGGGCAACCCCAAUGAAGAGGUGGCGAGGUUCUAUGCCUUGGCCAUGACUUCUAGGGCCAUGCUCCAUGGGAUUGGGCCUCUCCUGCUCAGCCUGGCUCUGAUGCUGCAACUCUGGCUCCUUGACUGAGUCCAGCUCUUCCCAGAGGUCCCCUCUGUCUGUCCCCAGCUUUGAGGCACAAGGAUCAGUUUUGACUCAGCACAGGUCCACAAUGAAGCCCUAAGCUUGCCUCCAUGCAUUAUCCAUCCCUCUGUCAACCAGUUCCUCAUGUGGGGCUUGGGGUUCCUCUGACAGCCAGUUCUAAUAAACAGACAGACAUAUUUGUGUCUGAUGAAUUA